CGGCACCCACCCACUAUGACUGUUUCUAGUCAAAAUCCCAUUCUCCCAGACACUAUCGUCUUCCCCUUUCCCUUUGAAAUCACCUCUCUUUUUUCAUUACGCCCACCAACUGUUUGAUGAAAUAACACCCUCCACCAACCCUUUCAUACCCCUUUAUUUUGCUUUCAAACUUCACUCGCAUGGUUCACGGUUUACCCCUUUUCCAACUCUGCUUAUUGCUUUGAGUGGUAUCUAAAUUAUUUUUGUUUUGAUUUCUGAGCUUUUCUGGUAUUUGGAUGCGGCCAUUGCUAUGGAAAGCGAAUCGUUAGGAUUGCUUAAAGUGCUUGUGAUUCAAGGGAAGAAACUAGUCAUUCGUGAUUUCAAGAGUAGUGAUCCUUAUGUUGUUGUCAAGUUGGGCAAUCAGACAGCAAAGACCAAAGUUAUCAAUAGCUGCCUUAACCCUGUUUGGAAUGAAGAGCUAAGCUUCUCCCUUACGCACCCUGUCCAAGAUCUGACAUUAGAAGUGUUUGACAAAGAUCGGUUCAAGUCAGAUGACAAGAUGGGACAUGCCGAGCUGAGUCUUAAACCGAUAGUUUCGGCUGCUAGAUUGAGACGGGCUCUUGGAGUUUCGUCAGGGGCAACAAUGUUAAGAAAAGUUACUCCAGAUGUUGAUAACUGCUUAGCCAGGGACAGCAGCAUUAGUUGUAUGGAGGGAGGGGGUGUAACACAGAGUGUUUGGUUGAAGCUUCGUGAUGUAGAAUCUGGUGAAAUAGAGCUAAAGAUCAAGUUCAUCGACCAACCUGAUCGGCCAUCCAGAUGAAGUAAUCUUGAAGAUGGGGUAGCCUGUAAAUUUGCUUCCAUUUUCAUAGUUUUGAUCUGUCUGCAGCCUACUGUUACAAGUGACUAGGAGUAGAAUGAGGCAGGUUUGUGUCUGAAGCUAAAUUAGAAGGUUGUGUUGUGUUUGGUUGAUGGUUUUUUAAUGGGAAUGGACAUAGAGAAUAGGCUUGGCAUUGGAAUGGAAAGUCCAUUAUUGUAUUUGGAUAAUAUUAUUGACAUGGAUUAUGACGACGUUCAAGAGCUUGAAAGUAGAAUAUGACUUGAUGUUCAAACUUCCAAAA